AUGCAGCUCCGCCCUGAUGAUGACAAAUCAGCAGCUUCUUAUGGAGAGGCUUCCCCUUCACAAACCGCAGACCGCGAUAACUUGGCAACGAUACCAACCCGCCGUCAGCCCAUGCGCGCUCCAGUCACUGCUCUCAAAGCCACAAUACCUACUACGAUGGACCAGCAACUCUCAUCUCCGUUCGAAAAACUUCCUGUUGAAGUGUUACAAAUCAUACUAUCCAACCUGCCAGAUGUUUUAUCUUUGCGAUCGUCGAUGCUGGUUUGCCGUAGAUUUUUAGCCGCUGUUCGCGGCGCUGAAAUACUCACGACAACGACCGUGCUAUUCAAGCAGAUGGACGACGUGCUUCCCGAAGCCCACAUUGCGCAGGAGGCCUUGCGCUUGAAGCCUUGUACCGAAGACCAAGUCCAGGCCUUUAUCACAACACAUCUCGAGAACAGACAGCUUCCCCCUAAAGCUUGGACGCUCAAGGAUGCGGUAGCCGUCGCCAACGUCCAUGUAUGUGUGAGCGAGCUUGCAUCGCAGUUCAUAAACACCGCCGCAACGAAAUUUCCUGGCUGUAAUUACAGACCUGCAACGCGCACGGAAGAAACUCGAAUCCAACGGGCUAUGUAUCGGUUCGAAAUCUUUUGUAACUUGUUCCGCGGCUUUGAAAACCCUGCUCCGACACAGACUUGGGACGCUUUCUUCUUGAAAUUUUCUCCGUGGGAGAACGAGCAACUCGCCUGUGUUCAUGACUACUUUGCCCAGGCAGUCUAUCCCGCAUUCAACGACAUAGCCGAACACGAUAUAGCCUGGGGCGAAUUUAGGGUUGAGUACGACGAUGAACGGGACUCUCCCUUCAUCCAAUAUGUCCUUUCGCUUGGUUUAGAAAAGCUACAACGAAUCAUGGCGGCCAAAUCGUAUGAAACUCGGUAUGAGCGUCUGUACUCGGGCGUGUACCCAAAAACCAGAUUUAAUUUCCUCUGUGAAGCAUUGAAUCAUGCGAACAGGAGAGAUGAUGGUAAUUACCUAUCUGACUUUAGCCCAACCAUCGAGCGAACCCAUAUAAAUCGGCCAUUCGUCGCUGAAGCAGAUACUGGUCCUGAUGAUAUCUGGCGGUGGGCACACCAGGAUGAGACCUGGGCCCAUUUCGUCAAUCAAAAUAAUCGGGAGACUCUGCGAGAGUGGGGAUAUGUCAUGUGGGAUCGCGCUCGACUUGAGGAGUGCGCCAUAUUCCACAGCAGUUGGGAGCCACCAUAUCCUAACGAAGAGGAUUCGAGGGCUUGUAUCCAGCGUCGCGCUGAAAUGGAGGCGUCAUGGGAAGCUAGAUCUAAAAUCUAUAUGAUGGGAGGGAAAGGUUGGUGGAGCUUGGGAGACCACAGCAGGAUAAUCUGGCCAGAAACAAAAGCAAGCCGGAAGGGUCCAGCUGUUGCGGCUCACACCAUACCGAAGUCGCUUGAGGAGGCUAGAGAAGCUUUGAGUUUAAUGAAGUUACCGAAGAUGAAAACAUUAGAAUUUGUAAGAGCAGAAGUGCUAUGA